AGCGGCCGCGACUGCAGUUCUCUUCCCGCAGUAGCCUGGAUCGGAGCCGCGUCGCCGCCAGAAAGAUGCCGCGAUCCUUCCUCGUCAAGAAACACUUUUCGGCCAGCAAGAAGCCCAAUUACAGCGAAUUGGAAAGCCAGACGGUGAUCAUCUCUCCGUUUUUGUACGACAAGUACCCCUUGUCUGUCAUCCCUCAACCAGAUCUCCUGAGUGCUGGCUCUUACUACCCUCCUCUAGCCUGGGACACUGGGCUGUUCUCUAACUUCUUCACCUCGGAAUCGGAGUACCAGAAAAGUGCAGCUUCUCCGCCCAGCCCUGAUUCCAAACCCCUGGACCUGACCUCCUUGUCAAGUGAAGAAGAGGAUGGCAAGACCAGCUCUGACCCGCCCAGCCCAGCCUCCUCUGCCACGGAAGCCGAGAAAUUCCACUGCAGCCAGUGCAGCAAGUCCUACUCCACUUUUGCUGGCCUUUCCAAGCACAGACAGUUGCAUUGUGAUUCCCAGACCAGGAAAUCUUUCAGCUGUAAAUAUUGUGAAAAGGAAUAUGUGAGCUUGGGGGCUCUCAAGAUGCACAUCCGAAGCCAUACCUUGCCCUGCGUGUGCAAAAUCUGUGGCAAAGCAUUCUCAAGGCCAUGGCUCCUGCAGGGCCACAUCAGAACGCACACUGGGGAAAAGCCAUUUUCCUGCACGCACUGUAGCCGGGCCUUUGCUGAUCGCUCCAAUCUCCGUGCUCAUCUGCAGACUCAUUCAGAUGUUAAGAAGUAUCAGUGUAAAACUUGCUCCCGGACUUUCUCUCGCAUGUCACUUCUCCACAAACAUGAAGAAACAGGCUGCAUUGGAACCCGUUGAAUACCAUGGACUCCUCCGUGCAAAGCCAUGUAUUGUAACUAGUGUCCCUAGGAAAAUAGUUCUGCUGAGCUGCCACAAACAGCUUAUAUUGAAAUCUGGUUGUUUCCAGCUGCUUUCAGGCCUUAAAGCAUCAUACACAAUGCUUCUUUCACUCUUUGUCUUCCAGAGAAUUUUUCAAACCUGAUUUGCCUUUGUAUUCCAUUCCCUGGCCCUAAAAGUGGCAAAAUGCUUCUUGAUUCAAGCCCAUGGAAGACCAUUGCUUCAUCAGAAAUGAUGGGUUGCCAAACAACAUGGGAUGUUUUUUUUUAAAAUGAGCUUCUAAAAGCUGGUGCCCUCCAGAUGGCUCGGACAAAUGUCCCCAGAAUUUUUAGAAAUGGAAUUUUUGUCAGGGAAUUCAGUAUGUUAGAGCCCACACUGUGCAGGGUGGUACCAAUACGGGAACAGCGUCUCCAAAAACUGACAUGUAGCUAAAAACAUCUUGUUGAGCUGCUCCUCAACUGGGUUCAGAUACAUCCUUGUAGGCAGAUUAUAGGGAUAAUGAUUACCUCUUUCUCCUGCCCCCUCCCCCCCCACCGCAUCUGAUACUCAAGAGAGUUUACCGCCACCAAUAAUGGAAAUCCAUACCGGCUUUCAUAUCUAAUAGCCAUUGAGUCUUCUCCCUUCAGACUUUUUCCCAGCUCCUUCAAAGCCAUCUAAAUAGCAUUCACUACCGUUUUACAAAUGGGAAAAAUAUUUUGCCUACCUUGCCUGAAAGAUCAGUCUUUUCAUUUUUAUCCUUAAAAAGAAGAUGACCAGAAUAAAAGAUCCACAGUAGCUCAUGACCCUGAAUUGAUAUGCCUCUAAACAAAGGGCAAAAAGCUUAAGUGUUAACGCCUCCCCCCCCAUCACCUCAAACUCCAUUGCUCCUCGUAUUGUGUCUGGACCCUCCUUAGGGCAGCUAUGCAGGGAUACAGUAUUUCAUUAGUUCUGGGUCAGCAGAGGGAUAAUUCCGCAAUGCUUCAAAGACUUAUGUCUGCAGAAGGCACUGGGUAGCCAUUCAAAGCAAGGCUCCUGUUUACAAGAGCAGCUAUGCACUCAAGCACCUGUUAAUAUGACUUCUUUUAACAACUGCUUUUUUCAAAAGAACUGUGACUAAUAGCAGGCACUUGUCAGGCGAUUCAAUAGCCGCCUGGGCAGGGAAGGCUGCCCCAUUGACAGGUGUGUGCCAAAAGAGCUACUUAAGGUUAUUGACAGGUGCCUCCUGAAUGCAUUUCUUUUGUACAUUGUUUCCACAUCAUCAACAACAACAAAAGAUGAAAAACAAAAAGGGUAUGUUUACAUUUCAAAGGUACACUGGUAUUUAUAUAUUUUUGUGCCACAAUUUUAUACUGAAUUUAAAAAAAAUACUUUUUAUAUAUAAUU